AUCGCUCCCCACCUCCCGUAGCCCACCCAGCAGCUUCACGAUCUCGGGCGGAUACUGCGACAACUUGCCAGUAGCCACGAGCUCGGGGAACACGUAGCAGCAUGGUUCAGAUCCAGGAGAAUUUGAGCACAUUUGGUCGUCGCUUUCUGCCGGCAGCCUUAAACGCGACAUGGAUGUCAAUCGGCCUGGUUUGUGGCGUGAUCCUGGCCUGCGUUGUCCUUCUGGCAGGCGGGAUUGUGGCGACUAUUAUUGCCGAGCGAAUGGUCACCAUCACCUACAGUACACAAGUGAAAGUGGACACCGGGGAGGUUCGGGGUCGCGAACGAACGUCUCCCUCCGGGAAGGUGUUCUUAAGUUUCCAGGGCAUUCCCUACGCCAAACCUCCCGUGGGAGACCUUCGGUUCAAGGCCCCUCUGCCAGCGGAGCCCUGGGAGGACGUCAAGGACACCCUCUCCGAAGGCAACAUUUGCCCGCAACCUCAUAGAGUGUCGAAAACGUCCCCGAUCAAGUCCAUGGGCAGCAUGCUCAAGAUGAUAGUGUCGAUGCCAGGUAUGGCAAAGUUCCUCUUCAACUACAUUAGACGGAUGAAUGAAGACUGCCUGUUCCUCAACGUGUACACGCCUCAGACGACGCUGCCGGCCACCGAGCUCGCGCCGGUGGUCGUGUUCAUCCACGGCGGCGGGUUCAUCGCGGGCAACGGGGACAUGAGCCUGUACGGCCCCGACUACCUGGUGGAGCAGGGCGUGGUCGUGGUCACGUUCAACUACCGCCUGGGCGCGCUCGGCUUCCUCUCCACCAACUCCGCCGAGGCGCCGGGCAACGCCGGGCUCAAGGACCAGGUCAUGGCGCUCCGCUGGGUGCGCGACAACAUCCGCGCGUUCGGCGGCGACCCCGGCAGCGUCACUCUGUACGGCGAGUCGGCGGGCUCCGCGUCCGCAGCCCUUCACCUCAUGUCCCCCAUGUCCAGCGGCCUCUUCCACCGCGUCAUCCUGGCCAGCAGCACGGCGCAGAACCAGUACGUCCUCACGGAGGACAGCGACCGCUUCUCGCGCCGCCUGGCGGAGGUGUGCGGCGCCGACAACGAGACGGCGGCCGACCCCGACAAGAGGCUGCAUUUCCUGCAGCACAUCUCGCACACCCUGAUGGACGACAAGCUCGUCGACACGCUGGGGGACGAGGACGUGCGCAGCAUCAUGGGCAGGGUCCCGUUCGUGCCCGUGGUGGAGACCGAGUUCCCCGGGCAGGAGGCCUUCCUCUCGGAGCACCCCGACCACCUGGUCCGCGAGGGACGCUACGCGCCGGUGCCCAUCAUGAUGGGCGUCAACAACAAGGAGGGGUCCGUCUUCUACACAG